GAGACAGUCUCUUCCAACAGGAGCUGGUUUUCGCAUAGAAUUAUCUGCAUACUUUUUAGUGUUUUAGUACCUUAAGAGGCAAUCAUUAUGCCCUAUAUCCUGAUAAGUUGUCAGAUAAGGCUGGCUAGUGGACCUACAACCUGUGGGGACGAAUUUGCGGACAAAGAAUUGAUGAAAUAUCUGGAGGCCGAGCUAGUGCAUACUUUUGGCAACAACUUUAAAGAACAUAUAAGCACCAAUCCACCCCGUGUGGUGCUUAACAGACUGGAGGAAAGAGGAUACAGAGUGGUAGCAGCAACAGGUGUUGGUCAAACACUAGUCUGGACACUCUACAAGGAUGACAACCCGGAGAUUGUGGACAAAGGGAAAGCUGACAGAUAAAAUACUUAUCUUCCAAUGCAUGAUUGUUAAAAUGAAGCUUGAAACUGUAUAAAUAUUAUACAAUGACUGAAGAUCUGUACAAACAGUUAAAGAAGCAUUUACAGCAGAUUUGAAUUAUUUUUUAAUGUAACUUGUGCAGUCCCAUGAAACCAUGAAACACAGAGAUUAUCAUUAGAGGUUCAGUUUCAUGAUAAGAACUUGACUAAAGUCAAAUGAUUCUCUAUUCAAUUAAAAGUCUAUUUGAUACUGUCAACCUUCUCAAAGAACUUUUUAAGGAGGAAUACUGUUAUUUAAUGUUGGUUCCUCUGUUACACAACUUAAGGAGGAAAUGUAUACUUUUUUCCAUUGCAGCCAUGCACCCACUGGAAAAAGGAUAACAUAGAUGCACUCAAUCAAUUGUUCAUAUGUAAAAAUUCAUGUGGUCCUCAAAAUUACAUAUUUUCUUUAUUUUGACUACUUUAAUUUAUACCUUUUCACAAAGCACCAUAUUUCAAGCAGUUUGAUUCCAACCACUCUCAAUGCAGAUGAUUUGUAAAUUAAAUGUGACUCAAGAAUAA